AUGGACAAGUUGGGAAAGGGUUCUGGAUUCAGGAGAAAUAACUUGGUUAGGUCUUGGCAACCAGCAACCACACCUCUGGGACAACCAGCCUCAGCUCCAUCUGCGUCUCUCGGCAGCAGCCAACCCAGAAGACCUGUCGCUGCACAGCCGGCUACUCGGGCCUGGGCAGAUGAGCAGGCAGCACUGCAGCAGGACCAGGUUCAACAGGAUAAGAUCUGGAGAGAGUCUGUGGAGGCUGAACAGAGAGGAAGAAAAAUCUGGUACCAGAACUGGAGUUUCCUAAAGGACUAUGACCAAAUGGGUAAGAAAAAGGAGCAGAAGCCACUGCCAAACUAUAUGCCUGUGUUCUCAAACAAAGUUCCCAACUCGACCAACCAGACUAUUGGCAGUCGAAUGAAUACUGAGCUUGGCAGGGUUCUGGUAAACACAGAUUACUUCUUCAGCAGUGGAGCACGAAAAAGGAAACUUGAGGGUGAGCUCCAGCUUUCCUAG